CAUAUAGGUUGGUCUUUGGAAUGCUGUAUCCUGCUUAUUAUUCCUACAAAGCUGUAAAGACCAAAAAUGUCAAGGAAUAUGUGCGGUGGAUGAUGUAUUGGAUUGUAUUUGCUCUUUAUACAUUUACUGAAACAGUAACGGACCUCUUGAUAUCUUGGUUUCCACUAUAUUAUGAACUGAAGAUUGCUUUUGUUGUUUGGUUGCUGUCUCCAUAUACAAGAGGGGCAAGUUUAAUAUAUAGAAAGUUUCUUCAUCCUCUUCUUUCUUCAAAAGAAAGGGAGAUUGAUGAGUACAUUGUGCAAGCCAAAGAACGUGGUUAUGAAACAAUGGUGAACUUUGGUAAACAAGGCUUAAACUUAGCUGCCACUGCUGCAGUGACUGCCGCUGUAAAG